AUGGAGAGCAUCCUACAGCACCUGCCCCCCGAUCAGCUCCUCCCCCUGCGCGCGCUCUCUCGCGGCAUGUACCGCGUCGUCGGACGCCUGAUCAAGAGCUACCAGGUCACGCUGGUCGACCACCGCUGGCGAUGCAAGCAUCGCUGUUCCCCGCCGUGGGGAGUGCGCACCACCCCACACAGCGGAGAGGGUGCGGCGCAUUGCCUGCAGGACCUGCCGGUGCGCGGCCUGCUGCCCAAGGUGCUCCUCGUCAACGGAGGCGGGGGCGAGCAUCUGGUAGCCCUUCUCGCGCACAUGGACACUGUGCACACGAUCCAGCGUACCAGCCCCUCCGCCAUCCUGGGCAACUUUCCGACUCGUCUCCCCGCCGGCAUUAGCACGCUGGUCGACUACCUUGAGCUCGGCAAGCUCGGAGGUCCUACCGUCCCCCACCGCAUCGUGGGUAGCGAGCGCAUGGUCGUGUCGAGCCGCUCGCCGCGCAAGAGGGCCUACGACACAGCUGCCCUCGUCAUGAGCGCCCUUGCACCGCCGCCCCUGCCUUCCGAAAAGUACGAGAUCUACGACGUCGAAUGCUACCACCACGUCGUCGUGCCGCCGCCCAUUCGCCGCUAUGUCAUCCACGUCUCGUUUCACCAGUGGCUGGGACGGAAGGAGCAUCAUGAGCCCACCCCGGACAUCCGCUUCCAGAUUUCCGAUGGCGCGACCGUCGUGUUUGUCCUCUGGCCGCACUUCUUCACUGGUGAGGCUCACUCAUCGAGUUGGGCCAAGCGUCCCUUUCCCAAGGUCCCGAGGUCGGUCAUAUGCGUACUCUGGGCAGCGGCUGCGGACGCUCUCUCCGGCGGCACGCCCACUCUUGUCAACGCCGACCGCCUCUCGCCGAUCCUGUUCCGAAUCGACAAGGCGCAUACCGACGACCCGGCCGAGGUUCUGAACAAGGUCAAGCGCAUCCUGCGCCUCCAGCUCGACUGUAUGCUGUCCAACGCGCUGGGGCGUCCGGUUGGCGCCAGCAACUAUCGUGUCGCCGAGGCGUUCAGGCGCAUCCGCUUCCUCACCCUCGAGGAGUGGUGGGCCGAGCUCGGUCCUAUCCGCAGGCAGUACGAGGGCCUGGCGCUCGGUGGCGAGCACGCUGGCAAACACGAGUCAUACUCCCUCAAGCUAGUCGAGCUGUACGUUGUCCGUGGAGUUCUGAUCUGA